AUGGGUUUUAACAGAAGAUUGUCAACAGUGAUUAUAUCCAAAACUAAAGCACUUUUGAAAGAGAUAUGGCUGGAAUUAUUUACUUCUGAACAUUUACCGAAAGCGACAAGUUUGGAUUCGUCGGAGAAGGAAUGUCGACCUUCGUUGAGUGAACUGAUUGAAACGACACCAUCCACAAGUGUUGCGCCAGAAGAAAUUCCUAGACAGUCGGCAUCAUCCAUGGAAAGAUUAGAUUCUUCGGAAAAUUUACAUAAAAAAAGUCAGAAACUGAUUAGUAAUAGAAUUUCCAAUACAUCCCUAAAUGAAACAGAAUCCGGAAAAGAAAAGAAUUAUUCGUUAGCAUCAGGAAAGGAAGAAGAUUCUGGGAUGGAUGGAAGGAGGAAAGGGCGGCAGAAAGAAUCAGCAGUUCCGGUAUCCUCAGAGCAAUUAAAUAUGGCAUCGGGAACUGAUCAGCUGAUCAUCCAGAGUGAGAUGAAGCAGAAUAGUUUGACUGAAGCUGAACUAAAUCCAUCGAUGCCAGCAAUCUUUUCGGACGAUUCGUUACCUUCAUCGCUUUCAUCCGAAACAUGCUUGCCAGCCAGCUCAAAUCGUUUCAAAUUUUGGGGUCAAACAAGGACAGUCAUAUUAAAUCGUGAGCCGAAUCAGUCAUUCGGUAUUAGUAUCGUUGGCGGACGCGUGGAAGUAAGUCAUAAAAGUGGACAACCUGGUAUGAGGAGUACUGUCUCGGGUAUUUUUAUCAAAUCGGUCCUGCCAAAUUCACUUGCUGGUCUUUCCAAUAUGAUGAAUAUGGGUGAUCGAGUAAUUAGUGUAAACGAUCAAGAUUUACGUGAAGCCACUCAUGAGCAUGCAGUUCAGGUAAUAAAAAAUGCGAAGAAUCCGGUGAAAUUUGUUGUCCAAAGUCUUCAUAGUCUUCCAUUGGAUCAAACUGAUAUUAAUGAGGAGGAAGAUGAGCAAAGGGAAGAGGAUGAAAAAAGUAUGAAUAAACGGUGGAAAGCAACAGAAGAAUGUGAUAAUUUAGGCGCAACAAGCACAUCCAAUCUUGUGGAAAUUGCAAUUAAGGAGUCAUAUUGUGGUCAUAUUCGAGAAUUGACAGCAAUCGAAGAAACAUCGAGAAGAGAAAGCUUAACUUCGGUAGGAUUGAAAACUGAAUCACAGAAAAGAGAUGAGUUCCAGUUUGACAACGUGGGAGGACAUGAAAUGGCUGAACCUAUUAAGAAAACAUCAAUUAUUAUGAACAAAGAGAAGCUUGAAGGAAUGGACACUUUGGAAAACUUAUCACAAAAACGAAAUGAUAUAAAACGAGAAUCGGAAAAUGUGAGUGGUGCAAGACGACGAGAAAUUGAUCCAGAUAGUGCUGCUGCGCUACCAAAACGUGAUGAAGAUCUGGAAGAGGAAGAUCAGUUCUUCUAUACAAAAGAUAAAAUAAAUCGAAAGUAUGGUAAUUUAUUGGGUGAUACGAUAUUGUUGAAGUUGGAUAAGGUACCACGUAAUGGUCUUGGUUUAUCGCUUUCAAGCAAUCAUGAUCGCGAUCAGAUGAGUAUUCUAGUGGUUGCGGUAAAGUCCAAUUGUCCAUUAUCAGUGAAAAUUGGUGACGAGCUACUUGAAGUAAAUGGGAAGGUGCUCAUUGGUUUAUCACAUUUGAAUGCUUCUUCAAUAAUGCGCGAAUGUUGCGAAGAUGGCAUCUUAGAAUUGUUAUUGCUAAGGAGAUUCGAAGCAUUGGCAAUUACUUUGGAUUCAAGGAAAUUCAAUGGAAGUAAUACGAUUGGAAACGAAGCACAAAUGAGUAGCAAUAGUGGUGAAACGAAUGCGCAACAUUCCACUGAAGAUGUGAAGAAAAAAUCAUCUCGACAGAAUGAAUCAGUCGUUGGUAUUGAAACUGGACGUGAAACGCUUAUCGAAAUUGAUAAAGAUGGAAAGGGUCUGGGAUUGAGUAUUGUUGGUGGUUCCGAUACGGUGCUGGGUACGGUUGUCAUUCAUGAAGUAUAUCCAGAUGGUGCAGCAGCAGUUGAUGGCCGAUUGAAACCCGGUGAUCAAGUUCUCGAGGUAAAUGGAGUAUCGUUACGUGGCGUAAGUCAUGAACAAGCUAUUUUAUUGCUUAGAAGGACACCAACGAAGGUUUCUUUACUGAUAUAUCGUGAUGUAAACCUGCAACUAUCACUUUUGGAUCCGACACAGAUUUACAACAUUUUCGAAAUAGAACUCACCAAGAAGCCGGGUCGAGGACUUGGACUUAGUAUAGUGGGCCGGAAAAAUGAGCCUGGUGUCUAUGUUUCGGAAGUGGUCAAAGGUGGCGCUGCUGAAGCUGAUGGACGCCUAAUUCAAGGCGAUCAGAUACUUGCUGUUAAUGGCCAAGAUGUGGCAAGUGCAAUGCAAGAGGAUGUGGCAGCCAAGUUAAAAGCUUGUACUGGUCGUGUCACUCUAAAAGUUGGCCGCUGGAAGUUAACCGAAGCAGCCAAUAAAGUACAUGCUGCAGCAGAUGCUGCUUUAUCCAAUAGUGAACGACAUUCCGAUGAUGCUACACAGCAAUCGAAAUUAAUAACAACAUCUAAAAUUAAAUUGUGUGCACCAAAUAAUGAAAGUAGUUCCGUUUCAAUAACACCAAAUGAUCGUAAGACAACAUCUCUAUCAACAUCGGUAUCUGUUUCAAAAUCACAAAUAUCUACAAGCGAGGAAAAUCAAUCAUCACAAAUUACAUAUGCGGAUCUUUCACCGGUAACGGAAGAAUCUAGUAGUGGAGCGGAUCAGAAAUCAUCAGCAGCUGAUGAAGAAAGUUCAUCAAUAACCAGUUUGGGUCAAAAUAAAGACAUUGAACUUAUCAAAGAUUUGAAUGAAGAAAAUAGUGAUUCAUUGCUAAUAGUGUUGAAGAAAAUUCCGGAUCAACAAUUAGGCAUGGGAAUCGGUAAACGUACACGAGGUAUUUUGGUCACUUCAUUACAACCUGGUAGUAUUGCAGCUGAAAAAUUGAAAGUUGGUGAUCGUCUAAUGGCUGUUAACGGAGUAGCAAUAACUGAUCAGCUCUCAGCAGUUGCAUUAGUGAAAGCAAGUGGUAAGAAAUUAUGGCUACAAAUAUCGCGACCAAGGACUUAUCAAAAUCCAUGAAUUUAAUUAACUGUUUCAAAAGAGCCUAAUCAUGUGUUAUGCAAAUAUGUCCUUCUUUUUUUCUUUUUGCUUUCCAAAGCGAAUGAUUAAAUUAAGCAAAUUAGGUAAAUGAUAAAUGAUACCAC